UCAGCUAGGAUCGCCUGGGGCCUGUGCUGACCAUGGGCAAGUCUCGGACUUCUCCACCCAGGUGAACUCCUCAUCCCUCAACUCCCCGACGGGCCGAGGCUCCAUGGCCGCCCCCUCGCUGCACCCCUCCCUGGGCCCGGGCAUCGGUUCCUCUCUCGGCUCCCCAGGACAGCUGCACUCGCCCAUCAGCACCCUGAGCUCCCCCAUCAACGGCAUGGGCCCACCCUUCUCGGUCAUCAGCUCCCCCAUGGGCCCCCACUCCAUGUCAGUGCCCACCACGCCUGCCCUGGGCUUCAGCACGGGCAGCCCCCAGCUCAGCUCACCCAUGAACCCCGUCAGCAGCAGCGAGGACAUCAAGCCCCCCCUGGGCCUCAAUGGUGUCCUCAAAGUCCCGGCCCACCCCUCAGGGAACAUGGCGUCCUUCACUAAGCACAUCUGUGCCAUCUGUGGGGACCGCUCCUCAGGCAAGCACUACGGGGUCUACAGCUGCGAGGGCUGCAAGGGCUUCUUCAAGCGGACGGUGCGCAAGGACCUGACCUACACGUGCCGGGACAACAAGGACUGCCUGAUUGACAAGCGACAGCGGAACCGCUGUCAGUACUGCCGCUACCAGAAGUGCCUGGCCAUGGGCAUGAAGCGGGAAGCCGUACAGGAGGAGAGACAGCGGGGCAAGGACAGGAACGAGAACGAGGUGGAGUCCACGAGCAGCGCCAACGAGGACAUGCCGGUGGAGAAGAUUCUGGAGGCGGAGCUGGCUGUCGAGCCCAAGACCGAGACGUAUGUGGACGCAAACAUGGGGCUGAACCCCAACUCGCCCAACGACCCCGUCACCAACAUCUGUCAGGCCGCGGACAAGCAGCUCUUCACGCUGGUCGAGUGGGCCAAGCGGGUCCCGCACUUCUCUGAGCUGCCCUUGGACGACCAGGUCAUCCUGCUGAGGGCAGGCUGGAAUGAGCUGCUCAUCGCCUCCUUCUCCCACCGGUCCAUCGCCGUGAAGGACGGGAUCCUCCUGGCCACCGGGCUGCACGUCCACCGGAACAGCGCCCACAGCGCGGGGGUGGGCGCCAUCUUUGACAGGGUGUUGACGGAGCUCGUGUCCAAGAUGCGGGACAUGCAGAUGGACAAGACGGAGCUGGGCUGCCUGCGCGCCAUCGUCCUCUUCAACCCCGACUCCAAGGGGCUCUCGAACCCGGCAGAGGUGGAGGCGCUUCGAGAGAAGGUGUACGCGUCGCUGGAGACCUACUGCAAGCACAAGUACCCAGAGCAGCCAGGAAGGUUCGCCAAGCUGCUGCUGCGCCUGCCGGCCCUGCGCUCGAUCGGCCUCAAGUGCCUGGAACAUCUCUUCUUCUUCAAACUCAUCGGGGACACGCCCAUCGACACCUUCCUCAUGGAGAUGCUGGAAGCCCCCCACCAAAUGACUUAGGCCUGCCGGCCCGUCCUUCACGCCCGCCCGCCGGCCUGGCCGCUCCUGCCCGGCCGCCUGCUGCUCUUCUCAGCCGAGCCCCGUCCCCUGCCCCUUCCCUGCCCAGCCUCUGCAGACGUGGGGACGCGGCCUGCUAAGCCUCCGUGUUGCCACCUCGCCGUUUCCAGUGCUGCUCAUGCGGGAAGCCGGGCCCCGGCUUUCCUGGGGUAGCGGGGCCAGCUCUCCGGGCCGCAGGCCCACCCCUGGGCCACGCUGGUGUUCGGAACAUCCCAUGCUCCCCUCCUGUGUUUGGAGUGACCCCCAUCGCCUCUCGUCAGGUGCCCCCCGCCGGCGUGCCCCACCCAGGCUCAGGAGCAGGGGGACAAAGAUUCCACCUGCCCCCCAGCAGGGCGAGGGGGGCUCUGGGGUGAGCCAGCCUCCCUUGCCGUGGAGGGUGAGCGGCCCCCUCAAGGCUUCAGGGCCUGGGGUCACCCACCUCCCCCCUUCACCUUUCUCUUCAAGUCACGGCUUCAGCUUCUCCCCCUGCAUAGCCACACGCAAGCCGGGGCGAGCAGACCCCACGUGCAGCCCGGCCUCAGUUCUGUCCGUGGAUUUAGUCUGGGCAGAGGGGCAGGCCAGCCCCUGUCUCUGCAGGGUGAGCCCGCUUCCCGGCCUUCCCCAAGUCCGGGGCCAUGCUGACCUGUCGAGGGCAGAGGUUGGAGGCAGGAGGGUGCUUUAUCCAGGGGUCUUCAGGCAGCUGGAGGGAGCCAGGGGCGCCCCGGGGCACGUGGAGCCAGAAGGCCUUGUGGGCAGAGAAGCUCAGUGGGAAGGGGCAGGUGGGCUUCCUCUGGAGCUGUUGGCGGAGAGGCCCCCGACGCCAGCGGCCUUUUCUGCGCGGACGAGUCCUAGACUCGGGGACUGUGGCAUGCCUGGGUCCUGGGGCGUGCAGCUGGACGCCCCUCGGGGACAGCCAGCCCAGCUGUUGUCGGAGUGACCGCCUCAGGCGGGGCUCCAGCAUGUGCUCUGGCCCACGGCGCCCCCGUCCAGGCUGGUGGCUGCUUCUGUAGUGUUUCCACGGCCGGGGCAGGGGCGCGGCCUCCUGGGGCGGGGUGCUCUGCGCUCCGCGGUGUGCAGGGCUCUCAGGUUGAACUGGCUUCUUUUGCACUGUAACGUCCUCCCUUUGGUCUGAGUGCUUCCCAGUCUCGCGCUUCAGACUCCACGAACCUAGCGUCUGUCGCUGCUGGGGGCCCGAGCAGGGAUGGCAGGGGGAUGUGGGCAGCUCUGGUGUUCUCAGCCCCUGAGGGGUUGCUCUGUAGACGGGCUUCCCUCCUGAGGCUCCCACGAGCAGCUCUGGGUUGGGGGUGCCUUCCCCAGAGUCUGGUUCCCCAGCUAGGGCAAGGCAGGGAGGGACCUCCAGGCCCCGUGGGGAAGGAGGUGGCCCUGCUUUGCCUUCCAGAGGCCUCAGCCCACCUGACGGUUAGGCUCCAGGCCGGGGCUCUGAAAGCCUGCCCAGAAGCCGCCUUCCUCUGCCACCGGCCGGCCGCUCCUGAGGAGGGGAGGGGUCCCCGGCCACACGGGCGGCAGGGGCGGGGCAUGGAGGGCCUGCCCAGCUCCCAGACUCUCCCGAAAGUCUUGGAAGCCUGUGGGGGCUCGGUUGUGACAGGCAGUGAUGCAGGCACUCUUGGGAACUCUCGGGGUCCUCCCAGUUGUGGGGACGGUAGACUGCCCCACACCCGACACCCCCGGUGCCUUCUGCAGUCGGACGCGCCCCGUCAUCCCUGCCCUGCCCUCUCCACUGCCUAGGGUCCUUGGGAACGUGGGGGCCUCAGUGGAGGAAGCCCGGGACUGGGUCUGUUGGAGGGUCGGCUUCUGGAGAACUUCCCCGUUACGGGCCCGGGGGCCCUGGCUGCUUGUCCGUAAAGCCCUGAGGCUCCCGGGCUAUGGCCUGGAAAGCCGGAAGCCCCCAGCCCCUCCGGCCUGCGGGCACGGCACUGUGGGCGCGCGGGGCCGUCCCCUCCUCCGUCUGCUGUCCUUGUCGUGCUUCCAGCGCCGCUGGGGGAGGUGGUGAAGUGGGGAUAGCACGUGGCUCGGCGGAGAGGUAGGAGCUUUAUUUACCGGACCGUUAGUAGUGUUAUCAAUCUGGUUCAAUUAAGGUGAUUUUUGUAAUUAUUUUUAUUAUUAUUAUUAUUCUGGUGGGACAAUCUUUAAUUUUCUAAAGAUAGCACUAACAUCAGCUUGUUGGCCACCUCUCGCCCGUCUCCGCCUCGGCCCGGCCCAGGAGCUGCCAGAGCCCCGGGAGUGCUGGGCGGACUCACGUCCCCGCUGUGACAUCGGGGGCAGGGAGCGAAGACGACUGUGCCUGCGUCUGCAAGGGGCUGCCCUUGGAAGCCGGCCUGCCCUUGGCGCCUGGAAGCACGCGGUCUCUGGGGCGAUGGCCCCGCGCCCCCGGCUCUCCAAGUCUCCUGUUCCUCGAAGAUUCGAGCCGGUGGCAAGCGUGGACACUGUGUGGAGCCCCUGGUCUGCGCAGGGGCCGCUGGCAGGGCCCGGCCGGAUGUGUGGCCAGUGGGUGAUCAGCGGAUGUCAUCCCCAUCACGGAAUUGGGCGCAUGGCCUGUGCCCUGUCAGCGUGGGGGUGCGGCGUGACACGUCCUGCUGCACAGAGACAGCGCGGGGCAGUUACCAACGUUUUGUCUUCGUUUCUAAUCAAGACUUUCCCCCGUUUUCCUAUACGUUUGCUUCACGUAAGCAAGUGCGUGAGGACCCCUCCGUUGGUGAAAUCGGGUUUGCGUGAGGGUCUCAAGGCGAGGAGUGCAUCUAUUUUCAGAUGCUUUGGAGCAAAAGCAGCUUUACCGGCCCCCGACCCUUAGCAAGGCCUUCGCUGGGACGCGCCGCGAGCCCUCUGGAGGGUGAUGAGUACAGAGUAGAGAGAAAGUGUCUAAAGCAUCGGGAAAGGUAAAAAAAAAAAUCUAUUUUUGUACAAAUGUAAUUUUAUCCCUCAUGUAUCCGUGGAUGGUGGGGGGUGGGACUUGUUUUGUUUCUGCUUCUAGGGCUGGAAGAGAGACCGCUCUCCGGGAAGCGCCCGCACGGCCGAGGUUGCAGCGCGGGCUUUGUGCAACGGCACGGACGCUUCCCCUUGGGCAGGGUGGGCCCGGACGUCCAGGGUUCUCUUCCCCUUCUGAGCGGUUCCCGAAGCCUCGCUCUGUUCUCCCCCCUCGCCAGCUGGCCUUCCCGAGACUGUUUGUGAACUUUCUUCCCCGUUCUCGGAGACCGGCACUGCCGGAGCCGUGCGCGGACCCACGGCGGCGUUAGAACGUGGAAAGGAAAACACAGGAAAGCGUGAGAGGAGAAACAAAAUAUGAGCGUUUAAAAAUA